AUGGCUGAGGCUAAAGACGAGGGUCUGAUGGACGAGGGCACUUACCGUCUGAUUGUCAUCGUCUGUCUUGUCAUCACCCUCAUCAUCAGCCCCCUAGGCAUCAUCUUCAACAUCAUCAACAUCGUCGUUUUCUGUAAACUUGGCUUUAAAGAGAGCACCAACAUUAUCCUGGUCAGUUUGGCUGUGACGGACAUUUGUAUUUUGAUGACGUUACUGGGACUGACCGUCAACGCGAAUCUGAUGGCGAUGGGCGGGGCCAACUUUGACAUUCUCGCUGCUGUCGCCUACAUAGUUCUGGGUUGGCCCAACGUUUUGACAACCCGAAUAUCAGGUUGUCUGACAACCUACCUAACCUUUGAAAGGUUUCUGUGUGUGGUCCUACCGCUGAGGGUCAAGACAAUCUUACAGAAGAAAACGGCCUUGACAUUUAUCAUAGCGCUGUGUCUAUUCUCGAUGGCCUACUCGGUUCCCAUGUAUCUGGCCAACAGCAUCGGUCUGAGGUUCAACCCCAUGUCAAACCAAACCUCUGUUGGACUUAUCGUGGCGGAGAACAGCGACGUCCUUGAGGAGUUUUCUAUAAGUGUCAACACAAUCAUCGAGUUCACGUCCUUCACCCUUGUCACAGUGUUCACUCUCGGCUUGCUUUCCUCUUAUGUCAGUUCAGCCAAAUGGCGGAAAGAAAUUUCAGGUGUUGCUAAAAAUAGCCAGUUUACAAACCGUGACCGGAAGUUGUUAAAAAUGGUUCUAUUAAUAUCCAUUGUUUUCAUUGGCUGUUCCCUACCUACCGUUAUCGGCGAUGUCGUCAUGCUAUUGGUCAAAGACUUCAACAUCAAAGGUCGUGAAAGGUUUCUAUUUAUAGCAUCGUGUGCCAUCUUUUACAACUUUCUUGCUCUCAACUCACUCGCCAGUUUCUUUAUUUACCUGAACAUGAGUUCUAAAUUUAGAAAAUGUUUUGUUGAAAUGCUUUCUGUUUUGAAGGAAACAAAAACUCUAGAUACCAACCAAAAACUUUGA